UGAUGGUGGAAGGGAUCUCGGACGCCUCGAGACUGGCCACUGUCAGGCUGGUUCCUGUUUAGGUUUAGCGGUAGAUAAGAUGGAUUGGUGAGCGGGCGGGCGGCUGUACACGGAACGGAACUUUCUCGCUCUGCCUGACACAAAUUCAUCAGUGUAUCAAACCGGUCAUCGUCAGAUCUAUUGAAACUAGUCUCCGACUUGUGAACAUACGAUCAAAAGAACUGCUGUCUGAACAGUGGACCGGACGUGCUCGGUCUUUGCCUUGGUUCAAUUCAUUUUACGCGGUAUCAAAGUCCAAGAUGAAGCUUUAUGCUCUCGGAGAUAUACAUCUCAGCUACAAGGCCAACAUAGAAGCCCUGCAGGAAUUAGAGCCGCAUCCCGAAGACGCCAUGAUAUUGUGUGGUGAUGUAGGCGAGAGUGCCGAGCAUCUCGAGAUAGCAUUCAAAGCUGCGACACAGAAUUUCAAGCUCGUGUUCUGGGUGCCGGGAAAUCAUGAGUUGUACAGUCUACCAUCAUCGAGCAAACUAAGAGGAGAAGCAAAAUACAAAGAAUGUGUCUGGAUAGCGCGUAAGUAUGGCAUCCUGACGCCCGAAGACGACUUUUACCGUUGGGACGGCGAAGGUGGGCCAGCCAUCAUUUGCCCUAUUUUCACCCUGUACGACUACAGCUUUAGACCGGCCCAUAUUAGCAGAGAGAAUGCAGUCAAAUGGGCAGAAGAAGCAGAUACUGUGGCUACGGAUGAGUUCCUUUUGCAUCCAGAUCCACAUCCGACUCGAGAUGCAUGGUGCGAAGCUCUUGUGGCCAAGUUCGAAGACAAAUUAGAAGAAGCUGCAGCAGAAGGCGUUCCUCUGAUCAUCAUCAACCACUGGCCCCUGAGACAAGAUCUUGUUUACAUUCCUCGAGCGCCGCGAUUUAUAAUAUGGUGUGGCACCACCAAGACAGAGAAUUGGCACACCAGAUUCAACGCCAAGGUAGUCGUUUCCGGACAUCUUCACGUUCCGAGGACAGACUGGAAAUCAGGCGUGAGAUUCGAAGAGUGCAGUCUCGGGUAUCCUCGACAAUGGGAGCAGGUCAAAGCAAGCGGUAAAGACGUCAACGACCUGAUAAGAGAGAUUCUUCCAGGACCGCCGGUGCCAGAGUAUGAUUCUGCAGAGCCACAGUGGCGAAGAUGGGGUUGAAAUUGUCAAAUGGGCUACUUCGGUCUCGUUUGCAUUUCGGUCUUGAGCUUGAUGCUGGGACGACUCAAUGGAUUGAACGAUGAAUGGCUCUCUUCGUGCUGCCAUCUUCUUAGCGCAUUAGUAAAAUGAAAGACGGCUUUACCUGACUCAACACCAUGCUACGGCUGGCAGAGGUGUGAUUACUGUUAUCUGCUUCAUUUCAUUCUGCGAUGACGAGUGUCGAAAGUAGGAAAGUUCAUGCUAGGAUUUGGCACGUUGUAGUAUAAGUGUAGCACAGCGAGGCUGGCAUGGGGCCGCAGGAGAAGACGUGGGUGGGUGGCCGGGCGACAAGUGCUGAUUCUGCGGGGUAG